AAUUCCAGGAGCAGGGUGGGGGCUCGAGGCGGCGGCCGGCGGCCGGCGGCUCCGCUCCCGCCUGGACGUCUGGGCGCCGGGCCGGGGCAGGCGGGGAGCGGCGGCGGCGUGGGGCCGCGGAUCCCACGGAGGGCGGCGGCCUGGGCCGGCUGAGCUAUGGCGGCCCCGGAGCCGGCGCCGAGGCGGGGCCGGGAGCGGGAGCGGGAGCGGGAGCGGGAGGAUGAGAGCGAGGACGAGAGCGACAUCCUGGAGGAGAGCCCGUGCGGCCGCUGGCAGAAGCGGCGAGAGCAGGUGAACCAGGGGAACAUGCCAGGGGUCCAGAGCACCUUCCUGGCCAUGGACACAGAGGAGGGGGUGGAGGUGGUGUGGAAUGAGUUGCACUUCGGGGAUAGGAAGGCCUUCGCGGCCCAUGAGGAGAAGAUCCAGACCAUGUUUGAGCAGCUGGUGCUGGUAGACCACCCCAACAUUGUCAAGCUGCACAAAUACUGGCUGGAUGCCUCAGAAGCCCGGGCGCGGGUCAUCUUCAUCACAGAGUACGUGUCAUCGGGCAGCCUCAAGCAAUUCCUCAAAAAGACCAAGAAAAACCACAAGGCCAUGAACGCGCGGGCCUGGAAGCGCUGGUGCACGCAGAUCCUGUCUGCACUCAGCUUUCUACAUGCCUGCAGUCCCCCCAUCAUUCAUGGGAACCUGACCAGUGAUACCAUCUUCAUACAGCACAACGGCCUCAUCAAGAUUGGCUCUGUGUGGCACCGCAUCUUCUCCAAUGCGCUCCCAGACGAUCUCCGAAGCCCGAUCCGUGCCGAGCGUGAGGAGCUCCGGAACCUGCACUUUUUCCCGCCAGAGUAUGGUGAGGUUGCUGAUGGCACUGCUGUGGACAUCUUCUCCUUUGGGAUGUGUGCACUGGAGAUGGCUGUACUGGAGAUCCAAGCCAAUGGAGACACCCGGGUCACAGAGGAGGCCAUCACUCGUGCCAGGCACUCACUGAGCGACCCCAACAUGCGGGAGUUCAUCCUCUCCUGCCUGGCCCGGGACCCCAGCCAUCGGCCCUCUGCCCACAACCUCCUCUUCCACCGCGUGCUCUUCGAAGUGCACUCGCUGAAGCUCCUGGCAGCUCACUGCUUCAUCCAGCACCAAUACCUCAUGCCUGAGAAUGUGGUGGAGGAAAAAACCAAGGCAGUGGACCUGCACGCAGUCCUGGCAGAGAUCCCCCGGCCGCCCCGGCCCCCGCUGCAGUGGCGGUACUCGGAGGUCUCCUGCUUGGAGCUUGACAAAUUCCUGGAGGAUGUCAGGAAUGGGAUCUACCCGCUGAUGAACUUUGCGGCGGCUCGGCCCCUGGGGCUGCCCCGUGUGCUGGCCCCACCCCCUGAGGAGGCCCAGAAGGCCAAGACCCCGACGCCAGAACCUUUUGACUCGGAGACCAGAAAGGUGAUCCAGAUGCAGUGCAACCUGGAGAGGAGUGAGGACAAGGCCCGCUGGCAUCUUACUCUGCUUCUGGUGCUGGAGGACCGGCUGCACCGGCAGCUCACUUAUGACCUGCUCCCAACCGACAGUGCCCAGGACCUUGCCACCGAGCUGGUACACUAUGGCUUCGUUCACGAGGAUGACCGGACCAAGCUGGCUGCCUUCCUGGAAAGCACCUUCCUCAAGUACCUUGGAGCUCAGCCGUGACCUCGCACCCCAGCCCCCAGGGACCAGCCCUGGCCGCCCACAUGGGGAAGCUCAGCAUUGGCCCAGGGCUCAGGGGACCAGGGGCUGACCUCUGCUUACAUGCUUGG